CUGACAGCCGUCGAUGCGGAAUCCGGAUACAUCGGCGACCAGUCAUGGGCGCGGGCGUCCGAUAAAUCCUACUUUCUUCCCGCCACCAUUGAGGCGUUGGCGAACAUCUUACCCAAAACUGCGGAGGCCCACUGACAUUUUUUUACGAUCCCGUGACGACUGGCGCAAUGGAUUGAAACUUUACGGCGCCAGCCUGUCACGGUAUUCCUGGACGAACUGCAAUAUUUCCUCAUAUAAGAACGCCUCAGUCUGCCCCCACCUUCUUCUCGACCGCCUACCUGUCCAUUGAACGACAACUCAUCCCUGUUUCCGCCAUCAAUACGCCAUGCAGUCCAGCGUUCUUACGUUCUUCCUGGCGCUCGCGCUCUCCAUCGCCUCGACCGCUAUCGCUCAACAGAAGACGUUGCCAUACAACUUCACCCUCUCUGCGCUUAACAUAACUCUCCCGAACGCCAACGACACCGGCGUACCCCUUGUCCUCGGCUACGAAGCUUAUAUCAUCGGCGGAGUUAUCUACUUUGAGUCAACGGCUGCCUCAUCUCCGGAUGGCGCGGGCGGUGACGUUCCCCUCGGCUUAGUCAAUGGUGCAUUGCGCGCCUAUGGCAGGGACGGAUCGUGGUCAACCAACGCCUCAGCCAUAACCUCAGGCAGUGCAAUGGGCUGGUUCUCGUCCACUUGGCGAGGCUCUCCCGAGACGAAUCAAUUCACCGCCCUCCAUGCCCCACGUCGCCACCACAAAUACGCGACGCUCGCCGUGCAUGGGCAGGAAUAUCUCUGGUCGCUCUGCCCAACUGGGAAUAAUGGCGGGAAGAACGAGGUCUUCUACAACAUAUCAUCGGCGGCCCCGGAAUCCGAGACCGUGGUCCCCGAGGAUUGCUACAAGGUAACCCUGCAGAUUGUACCCGUGCAGUAGGGCUCGAAAGAUGUUGUGAAAGAUGGGUAUGGGCCCGACGAACUUGGAGGUCCAUGUUGAAUUGAUGUCAAUAUUUCUUUCUCGAAGCGGACAAUACAUGAGAUCCGUUCUAUGUGUACAGCAAUGAACCGCAUGUGAUUCGAAACUUGUCAGCCCAAUACACGUUGCUGACUACGCCUUCACGUCCACGAAGGGGUAAUCCGUGUACCCCUUCCCGCUAGCAUCGCCCUGCAGAUAGAACGUAUCGCGAUUGUACGGGUUGAGCGGCAAAUCCUCCUUCCAACGACGCACAAAGUCGGGGUUCGACAAAAAGUACCUCCCAACCGCAAUGAGCUCCCCUUUCUCCUCCGCGCCCUUGAUCGCCAGGUCCCUCGAGUACGCCCCCGCGCUGAUGUACGUCUUCGGCGCCCAGAUCUCGCGCAAGAAGUCCGUCUGCUCCUCG